GGAGACGGUAGGUGAGCGGUCACGUGCGGCGCCGGCGCGGCGCAUGCGCGCUGCCGGCUGUUGUUGUGGCGGCGCGGCCCGCGGCUCACCCGCCCGGUAGCGAUGAGCGACAACGAUGACAUCGAGGUGGAGAGCGACGAGGAGCAGCCGAGGUUUCAGUCCGCGGCCGACAAACGGGCUCAUCACAACGCACUGGAGCGUAAGCGCAGGGACCACAUCAAGGACAGCUUCCACAGCCUGCGGGACUCCGUCCCCUCCCUUCAAGGAGAGAAGGCAUCCCGGGCCCAAAUCCUGGACAAAGCCACAGAGUACAUCCAGUACAUGCGCCGGAAAAACCACACGCACCAGCAGGAUAUCGACGACCUCAAGAGGCAGAACGCUCUCCUGGAGCAGCAAGUGCGUGCGCUGGAGAAGGCCCGGUCGAGCGCCCAGCUGCAGGCCAACUACCCUUCGACGGACAACAGCCUCUACACCAACCCCAAGGGCAGCACCAUCUCCGCCUUCGACGGUGGCUCCGACUCCAGCUCCGACUCGGAGACCGACGAGCCGCAGAGCAGGAAGAAGCUGCGCAUGGAGGCCAGUUAGGCCCCCCCACAGCCCCCCGCUGUCGGCCGCCCGCCCGCCGGCUGCGUAAGGACUCUCUCCCUUCUCUCGUAGAGGCUCUCGGACUGCAGCUUCCCAGCCCUCCCCGGCCCUUUCCCCACUCUAACCGCAACGGCCCCAGGGGGAGCCGGCCAGGCAGGGCCUCGCAGCACCCGACAGACUUGGGGGGAUCCGUGGGGCCGCGAGGAGAUGUCCCCGUCGCCCUCCCAAAACUAGCGAGCCCCCCGCUCCCCUCUCCCUUCUGAUUUUAUAUGAGCAUUUCUAUUUAUACCCGGGGACCACAGCAGUCCUGAGCUGAAGGGUGAGGCUGUGCAGGAGCCAGGCACCCCCCCGUGCCCCCCCCCAAAAGGCCAGGCCCCACGGGGAGCUGUGCCUGCCCCGCAACCACAAGCGCUAGGGGGUCUCGCUAUUUAUUUACUGCGUGUGCAAUUCCACCUGCCCCCAGUGCCCGUGAAGAGCCGGGGGGGCAGCACCCACACCCCUCCCUCCACGGCCAGAGCCGGUGGGGGAAGGGGGGCCAGGCUGGGUGGUCUGCGUGUGCAUCCUGCCCCCUCCUCCUUCCCUCCCUCGCCCCACACCUUCCCCCAGCCCUUCCCCACCUCCGUGGCAUUUUCUGAACUCUAGUGUCCCGUCCCUGCCCCGUAGGUGACCCCCACCCCUGUUUUGAUGCCAUUCAUUCCAUGAAUCUAAGGUAUGUUGUACAUACUGCCCAGAGUUGUCUUGCAAGUUAAGGCUUCCCUUUACUAUAAGACUAUAAAUAAUAAAAAAAACCCCAAACUUAUU